AUGAAAUCAAGUGGCAAAAUCUGUAUCGUUGGUGCUCUGCUUGUAUUCUUGCUGCCAUGUGUCUUUGCAAAGAAGUUCACCGUCCCACCGUUAUCAUACAACUAUUCUUCAUACGAGCCUGUCAUUGAUACCCAAACCAUGAUAUUACACCAUACCAAACACUUCCAAGCAUACACAGGCAUGUUACUCUCAGCCACAUUUGUACAAGCCCAAUCUCCUAGGACUCAAGCUUUGUUGGCUCACAAUCUGAAUGCUGCGGUACAGAAGCUCUCUAAUGACUUGGUGGAUCUCGAUGCGUUAUCGCUAGCUCGUCGAAUAGCUAGAGAAGAAAAUGGAGAAGUUUCACGUUCUGUGGGCUGGCCAGAUGAAGUCACACGAUGGGCAAUCAGGAACAACGCCGGUGGCUAUGUGAACCAUGCCAUCUACUUCAAACUACUACGCCCGCCAAACCCAAUCAAACCUCAAAACCCAAGCCCAAGCUCAAAAUUGGGCGAAGCCAUAAUCAAGCAAUAUUCUACAUUUGAUGCAUUCAAAUCCGAAUUUGCAGCUGCUGCCAUGUCGGUAUUCGGAUCUGGUUGGGUGUUUUUAGCAUUCUCAGCUGCUACAUCGGCUAUCAAGAUCCUGCAAACGGGAAACCAGGAUAUUCCUGAACAGUCUAUACCUGAACCUCGGCUGGAUGCGAUUCUGGCACUUGAUGUUUGGGAGCAUGCCUACUACCUCAAGUACAACAAUCGACGCAUCGAGUACGUGCAACAAUGGUUUACAAUCGUUGAUUGGGAUGUGGCAGAAUCGUUAUAUGAAGAUGCUGUAGACCGAGCGACAAAACAUGAUGAAUUAUAA